AUGACAGCUCCACAGAUCCUCCAGCGCAGCACCUCUAGUGUGUACGUACAUGUGAGGAAUAGUGCUGGCAGCACCUCCAGUGUGUACGUACACGUGAGGAAUAGUGCUGGUCUGUCCCACUGUUCCAAGGUGAGCCUGUCCCCGGCGGGAGGGCCCGGCUGCGGGGGGGGGUCCCCCUCGGGCACCAUGGGCUGCUGCGGCGUGCCCGUGGAGGACAUGCAGGCCCUGGCCAUCAGCGCGCUGUCCGCCGCCGACAUACACAAGCGCUACGAGCACAUCCGCGAGCUGGGCAAGGGCACGUACGGCAAGGUGGACCUGGUGGCUCACCGCACGCAGGGUACUAAGCUGGCCCUGAAGUUCGUCAACAAGAACAAGACCAAGCUGAAGAGCUUCCUGCGAGAGUACAGCAUAACCAACGACCUCAGCUGCAGUCCCUUCAUCAUCAAAGUGCUGGAUGUGCUGUUCGAGACGGAGGAGAGUUAUGUGUUCGGCCAGGAGUACGCGCCAGCUGGAGACCUGUUCGACAUCAUCCCCCCGCAGGUCGGCCUGCCAGAGGAGAUGGUGAAGCGCUGCAUCCAGCAGCUGGGCCUGGCCCUGGACUUCAUGCACGGCAAGAGCCUGGUGCACCGCGACGUCAAGCCGGAGAACGUGCUCCUGUUCGACCGCGAGUGCCGGCGCAUCAAGCUGGCCGACUUCGGCAUGACGCGGCGCGUGGGCAGCCGGGUGAAGCGCAUCAGCGGCACUAUCCCCUACACGGCGCCCGAGGUGUGCCAGGCCAGCCGCGCCGAGGGCUUCCUGGUGGACUGCAGCCUGGACGUGUGGGCCUUCGGGGUGCUCAUCUUCUGCAUGCUCACCGGCAACUUCCCCUGGGAGGCGGCGCUGCCCUCCGACGCCUUCUACGAGGAGUUCUGGCGCUGGCAGCGCGGGCCCUGCCGGCCGGGCGUGUUCCCGUCGCAGUGGCGGCGCUUCACGGACGACGCCCUGCGCAUGUUCCAGCGGCUGCUGGCCGUGGAGCCCGACAAGCGCUGCGGCGUCAAGGACGUCUUCUACUUCAUCAAGUACGAGCUGAUGAGCGAGCUGCGCCGCCGCGCCUCCUGCCGGGGCAAGCGCGCCGAGCGGGGCGUGGCCGCCUGCGGCAGCGGAUCCUCGGCCUCCUCCCGCGCGGGCCACAGACACCCCGAGCCCUCCACCCCGCCCGCCUCCUCCUCCACCGCCUGCCUCCGGCCCGCCCCGCUCAAGAGAACCGUCCUCUCCGACCCCCACUCCUCCCGCCUGGACCCCGGCCUGCACCACUCCCCCGGGCGGCAGGAGAAGGGCAAAGGGCAGGUGGUGAUGGCCACGGCGAUCGAGAUCUGCGUGUGA